AUGGCAGCAGCAAUGCAAAGCUUUUUCCGGGAUAAUAUGGAUGCACAUCGUUAUGUUACUUCACAAAGAAACCAACGGAUCGAGUGCUGGUGGUCAUUUUUGUCUAAACAACAGACGCAGUGGUGGAGAAGAUUUUUUGCAGAUCUUGAAGCUCAGGGCAUAUUGGACUCCUCUUGCGAGUUAAGAAUGGAGUGUCUUUGGUACUGCUUUUCAGUUGUCAUUCAAAGUGAAUUAGAUGCUGUAAGAAAGCACUUGAAUACCCAUUAUAUUCGGAAAUCCCGACAUGACAUAGUGAAUGAACGGCCAGACUCUCUCUUUUUUCUUCCUGAGCAUCAUGGCACAGUUGACAUGUUAGUGCAAGUGUCUCAAGAGAAGAUUGAAUAUGUGUCCACACAUGUUAUUGAAGAGGUACCAACACAUGAACUUCAAGAGUAUUUUGAGUAUGUCAGGUUAAGCAUAGGUUAUUCACGACCAGAGACAUGGCAAGCAGCUAUAAACUUAUAUGAGAAUUUAAUUGAUAUUUCUGAACAUGGCAGAUAA